GCAGCUUGCCGUGAGUAAGGAAGAAGAUCAAGAGGAGGAGAGGAACUGCAAGUGAGUGAGUGCCAGCAGACAGGAAGGACAGCUUGACUUGUUGUUCGAAAAGACAGUCAUCUCCCUCCCUGAAUCUGAUCAGAUGACAAUCUUGUCUUUCUCUGGAAGGCCGGGAAGGCUCAGCACCGCCAAGCAAGGGCUUGCUCUGCUCGUGUCGUCGUGGGCUGGUUUGAUUCUGCUGAUCGUGACUUUCUUUCUUCUCCGGCCAACACAUCAUGGGGGUGCAGAGCUCUUGCAAAAGGAAUCUGCAAGCUUGAAAAGGGCUGGAAAGAGUGUGGCAAGCAAUGUUCACAGAGCAGAUCACCACACAGCCUUGACCCUGAAGAAGUCGAAGAGAGUCAAAUCAAAGUCACAGGCCCUUCAUGCUGCCAACUGUGAAUGUGUGUAUGGAGGCAACCCACUAUCAGAGAUCAGCGAACCCAACGUCUUCCCUGGGCCCUCCGAGUACGGUCCCGACUCGCCCAACUCGUACGCCCCGGCAGAUGCUGCAGCGGAAGAUCCAUGCUGCGCGGGUGACGUUGCGUGGGGUGCCCCGGCGCUCCCCUUGAGUGACAUGAGAAAGGUGUACGAGAUCAACGAGCCAAACUUCAAGGAAUGGAAGGAGUUCGAGAAGGAGAACAACAUCUUCCCGGGGAUCGUGGAUUGGGAUCCAGAUUCUCCUCAUGGUUACAACCCUCCGUUUGACACCAAGGAAUUGUUUGACGGGCACGGAGGAAUAAUUGGGUUGGAGGAUUCGGACAACUGGGAGAAGACGUUGGAUUCUGUUCAACCUGAUCAGUAUGGUCACUAUGCUGAUGGUAGCACAACGGGCAUGGACAGCAACGUUUUCGCGAAUGGGUAUCAAUUCCCUGCCUAUUAAAGCUGCUUCAGACCCAGUUAAUGUUGCACCUUUUAUUACAUUCCAGAAAGUGUAGCUCAGACGAACAGGGGAAUGAGAGACAAAGGCUAGAAGUUGGUAGAAUAUUGAAAGCUUCGUUU